CCUUGAGUUUUGAUACGCCCACCUCUUGAAACUUGGAAAACAAAACAAAAUUUGAUUUGGAAUUGGAUUCGACGUUUAUAAUUUUAUUUUUUUUUGGUGAAACGUUGUGCAAUAUCAUUUUUUCGUUCAGAUUUUUUUCUCACUGGUGACAAUGGCCCACAUUCAAUACACGGACGGGUUGGUGCGCGAAUAUGUGCUCUUCCGGGGUUUUUCCAAUACGCUCAAAUCGUUCGAUACCGAGUUGAAAAAUGACAAAGACAAAAGCUUUCGUGUGGACAAAAUUAUUGAUCAGUUAAUGCAACUGAUCCAAACGCAAGAUCUGCAAGGCCUGCGCGAUUUAUGGGCUCAUAUGAACAAUCAUCUGUUCCGUAAUUUGGAACAUAGUUUCACUGGUGCUGUGAUGAAGUUGGAGCAGUCCAUUCUGAAAUUUUACUUGGUAAUUGCUUACAUGUCUAACAAACCGGACAAAAUAAAUGAAUUUUUCACCAAGCUAUCUUCAGAAUUAGUUUCUCAAAACGAAUGGAAGGAAUGGUUCUUUUUUCCGUUUUGCAAAAAUCCGGAAGAGCAUUCCGCGUUCGCCGUUUGCUUCACGAAACAGUGGCAGGAUACUCUGCUUAUUUCUUUACACAACUUUUUUUCCACAAUUUACCAGUGCAUGCCACAACCAACCAUCUCCAAAGUGGAAGCCGAAAGUAGUCUACUUCGGAAAUUGCAGGAAGAAAAUGCUCAACUUCGCUGUAAACUGCAGAAUAUCCAGCAGCAGGCUAUUGCCGCAUCAUCGGCUACCAGUACUACUCAUCAGUCCAGGUUGUCGACCUUCAACGAUCAAAAGUAUACCGUCGAUGGUAAAACGCGUUAUACCGUGCGGUCAGCCGGUACCGGACAGUCGCUCAACGACGUCAUUCCGUUCGACAUUCCUCCACCGACCCACAUCGUCGAUGAUUUCUACAUUAUUGCUCAGGAGUCGAACAACAUCGGCAAUGCAGCUGAAUCGCAGGCACGAGGAUUAAAGUCACUUAUCAAGAAUAUCAGCUCUGGCGGCAGUCCGGUAUUGGGUCGGAAGGAUACUGCGGCGGAGCGCCACAAGAAACGGUCCGGAAGCGUGGGUAGCCGAAGCAACUGGAUCCACAGUUAGUGUGGUAAGUGCAUGUUUUUCGUGUUAUUUAUUUAAUGGUUAAUAUUUGCCAAUAAAACUAUUUGGCUUUA